AUGGAGAAAUACCUGGGGAAGGUCAGGUCGCACCUCGUCCAUUUUCAAGCAUACGAAAUCAGCCAGAUUCCGAGGUCACAAAACUCCAAUGCCGAUGCCUUGGCCAAAUUGGCAUCAGCCUACGAGACCGACUUGAUGAUAUCUGUUCCGGUGGAAAUCUUGGACAAGCCUUCCAUUUUGGAACCGGAAAUGAUGGAAGUUGACUCCCAGCCUCCGUCAUGGAUGGAUUCGAUCAGGAACUUCCUAGAAGGCAAUAUCCUAGUAGACCCGAGGGAAGCCAAAAAGAUGACAAGGAAAGCAGCUCGGUACUUCCUCCGAGAUGAAACAAUGUACCGACGCGGAUUCUCCUUACACCUCCCUAAGUGCAUUCAAAAGAAGAUGAGAAUUAUGUCCUCAGGGAAGUGCAUGAAGGGGUCUGUGGCAAUCACUCGAGAGCCAGCACUUUGUGAAUUCAUCUAUCAACCUCUCGAGCUGCUGACUCCGAUUUCAGCACCAUGGCCCUUUGCACAAUGGGGAGUUGACCUUAUUAGACCCUUCCUAUUGGGCAAGGGGCAGACUAAGUAUGUCAUUGUAGCCGUGGGUUACUUCACCAAGUGGGCUGAGGCUGAAGCACUCUCGACAAUCACUGAGGCUAGAGUCACGACCUUUAUUUGGACAAACGUGGUCUGCCGUUUCGGCAUACCCAAUGCUAUUGUGACGGACAAUGGCAAGCAGUUUGACAACGCCAAAUUCAAAGAUUUUUGUCACAAGCUUGGGAUUAGCCACCUUUGCUCGUCCCUAGCUCACCCUAAAGCCAACUGGGAAGUAGAGGCGUUUAAAAAAAUCAUUAAGCGCGGCCUUAAGCUACGGCUGGACGCAAGGAAAGGACGGUGGAUCGAGGAGCUACCUGAAGUACUCUGGUCCUACCGAACUACGCCUCGGACGGGCGAAACUCCUUUCACCAUGGCCUUUGGCUCCGAGGCCAUGGUGCCCGUAGAAAUUGGAAUGCCAACUGAGAGGAUAGACUACUACGAGCAUGUUAGGAACGAGGAAGAGUUGCUCCUCAACCUCGACCUCCUUGACGAAAAGAGGGAAGUAGCCCAACUGCGUUUGACAGAGUACCAAAAUCGAAUAACAAGGCACUACAACUCAGUAGUUCGACCUCGGAGUUUUCAGGUCGGACACUUGGUCCUUCGUAAAGUACAGAAGCAUGUCAAUACGUUGGAACCAAGCUGGGAGGGAUCGUUUGAAGUCAAGGGCAUAGUUUGA